CCUGAGGACUCUAACUCUUCAGGAUCAGGGACCAAAAACGAAGCCAACCGGACGAGUGGCGGCAGUGGGGGACUGAUGGAGGAGAUGAACGCUCUGCUGGCGCGAAGGUCAGAGCAUAGAGUUAGAAACACUAGAGCAGGCAUUCCUAUUCAGAGCAUAGAGUUAGAACUAGAGGUCUGCGCGGGACUGAUUUAUUCAUCCCGCUCCCACCCACACCCUCAGUUUUUCAUACCGCACCCGCCCACACCCACUGGCUUUCUGUCCGACUCCUACCCGCUACAGCAAGAACUGGUCCCGAACCCAACUGCAGUCCUGCAAUGUUAUUUUAGGCGUAUGUGACGCAACUCACUUGGCAGCCAUGUCGCAGCGAUGAUGCGCCCUAUAGGCAAUAUCAAAAUGCGCAAAAAUAACCUAAGAAAUGUAUUUAAUUAACAGAGAUUCUCACGUAGUCCAUUAUAUUAGGCUAUCUGUAUUACUGGUCUAUAUCAGCCAAUAGGCUAGAUGUGGUUUGAAGAGAGCAGAGUUGGAGAGACUUGCACUUUCUAAUUAGCUACGUUUUAUAGCCUACCUUUUAGGAGUGGGACAAUUUUCAGACAGAGACAAAUAUGAGUGAUCAAUAUUUAUUUCCAGGCAAUGUAGUAAACUAUAGCCUAAUCAUAUUUAUGAAGUACAUUUCCUUGGAAAGAUAACUUCCCCGUGCUUCUCUGCCCAUGCAUAGGCUACUGAACUUGAAGCAGCAAGAAUGAUGAGUGGACACUUGCACUUCUUUUGAGCUACUUUUUUCAUAUAGGAUAUAGCCUACCUUUUAGGAGGACAAUAUGCAGGCACAUACAUGGGUAAUCAAUAUUUAUUGAAAAUUAAAAGGCGCAAUGCUCGCUCACCAUAGUAGCCUAAGCACACAUUGCGCCUUUUCUUUUCCAAUGAUAACAUUUUUGGAUUGCACCUCGACUCACGUUGGUUGAGCGCCCUCCACUGUUUUGCAUUAUCAAUAUUUAUUUACAGACACUGUAGUAAACUAUAGUCUAAUCAUUUUUAACUUAAUUUCCUUGGAAAGAUAACUGCCACAUGACUCUCAGUCCAUGCAUAGGCAACCCACUCUAUAGAGCCCCACAGUGGAGGUGUCACAACACCCAUAAAACCUAGCAGUCAAACAGGGAAAUGGUUCCAUUAAUUUUAGAAACACUUCAAAUAAGGGCUGUGUUUCGUGUAGGCUUACCCUGGCGUGACGUUUUGAUAACCGUGUAAAUCUCUCUCGGACAAGAUGACUUUUAUCAAUAUAUUCUGCUCUAUUUACUCUCAGAUUCGAAAAUGCUAAUUAGUAUCAAAGUAGUCAUCAUGCAAGACUACAAAUCCCUGCAAGCUCCUGCACUUCAUCUCUAGCUGACACCGUUGUUAACAGGUAUUGUGUCAAUUUAAAACUUGCACAAGACUGUUCACAGAAUUGUCAAUUUAAAGAAAUUUAGCUAAUAUAUUCAUUACUAAAUGUAGCGAACAUUAGAUAGUUAAUCCAGAGAUUCUCUUACCUUUGCCUCGAUUCGGCAGUCUCGUCCAGAUCUUCAUGGCAUUUAUAGUUCUUUAUGAUAAUCACAUUAGCAGCUAAUUAGCAUUACAUUUUGGGGGAGUAAAUACAGGCGAAUAUAUUGAUAAAAGUCACCUUGUCCUAGAGAGAUUUACACGGUUAUCAAAACGUCACGCCAGGGUAAGCCUACACGAAACACAGCCCAUAUUUUAAGCCUCAUUUUAAUGGGAAAAAUGAAUGGUGGAAAAACGAUUGGAACCAUUUCCUUGUUUGACCACUAGGUUUUAUGGGUAUUAUGACUCAUACUGUGGUACUCUAUUUAAUUGAGACCACACAUAUACUAGGCCCACUUGAUCUUGCACGCCCAACUAGGAAAGGAGAGGUAGGCUACUUAACAUGAAGCAGCGAAUUCUGAGUGUGUGAAUAAUGCAACAAAGAUAUGCUUUUAAUACAAUAGGUAUUCUAACGUAUACAAAGCAGAAAGACGAACGUUUCAAAAUAAUCUGCAGGACAACAGAAAUAUUUUCAUCCCAAAGUCGCCUGUCUGACCACCCGCUCCCAAACACAGCAUGAAAAAUGCUGACAGCGCCGCAAUGAUCUCUAUCUGGACCCGCAGGUCCCACAGGAAUGUAGCCCUCUUGUUAGAACAACAGACAUUUCUAUUCAAAAUAAUGUCUAGUCAUAUGUGGAGUGGACAUGUUGAAUGUACAACUUUGAUAUCAAACUGAAUGAGGCUCUGACUUGAGGCUUCUUCUUGCCCCAGAAGGAAAGCAGCAUCAGAGAAGCCUGAAGACAACCAAAACGUGGGUGAUGCUAACUGAUGAUAAAACACUGACUUAUGACUAUUUUUAUCAUUACCUUUAUGACUCACUUCUCCUUAGUUGACCUCAAUAUCUUUCUCCUGUUGUUUUGCAGGAUGACCCCAAUGGGUCCCCUUCACCCGGCAUCAGGGGUGGACAGAACGCCACAGGUACUCCAGUCAUAUACAGUUUAUAUAUAUAUAUAUAUAUAUAUAUAUAUAUAUAUAUAUAUAUAUAUAUAUUUACAUUUUUGUAAUUUAGCAGACGCGACUUACAAUUAGUGCAUUCAUCUUAAGAUAGCUAGGUGAGACAACCACAUAUCACAGUCAUAACAGGCACAUUUUCCCUCAGUAAAGUAGUUAUCAGCAAAGUCAGUGCCAGUAGGAAAAGACUAGUUAUUUAAGAUCCUCCUUGAAGAGGUAGGGUUUCAGACGUAUACAACACAAAUACACCACAAUAUAUACACUACACAAGAAUACCACAAUAUAUACUAUAUACCACAAUAUAUAUAUAUAUAUACAGUUGAAGUCGGAAGUUUACAUACACCUUAGCCAAAUACAUUUAAACUCAGUUUUUCACAAUUCCUGACAUUCAAUCAUCCCGUAUAGCUCAGUUGGUAGAGCAUGGUGUUUGCAACGCCAGGGUUGUGGGUUCGAUUCCAACGGGGGUCAGUAUGAAAAAUGUAUGCACUCACUAACUGUAAGUCGCUCUGGAUAAAAGUGUCUGCUAAAUGACUAAAAAAAUAAAUAGUAAAAAUUCCCUGUUUUAGGUUAGUUAGGAUCACCACUUUAUUUUAAGAAUGUGAAAUGUCAGAAUAAUAGUAGAGAGAAUUAUUUAUUUCAGCUUUUAUUUAUUUCAUAACAUUCCCAGUGGGUCAGAAGUUUACAUACACUCAAUUAGUAUUUGGUAGCAUUGCCUUUAAAUUGUUUAACUUGGGUCAAACAUUUCGGGUAGCCUUCCACAAGCUUCCCACAAUAAGUUGGGUGAAUUUUGGCCCAUUCCUCCUGACAGAGCUGGUGUAACUGAGUCAGGUUUGUAGGUCUCCUUGCUCGCACACGCUUUUUCAGUUCUGCCAACAAAUUUUCUAUAGGAUUGAGGUCAGGGCUUUGUGAUGGCCACUCCAAUACCUUAACUUUGUUGUCCUUAAGCCAUUUUGCCACAACUUUGGAAGUACGCUUGGGGUUUUUGCGAGCAAGCUUUAACUUUCUGACUGAUGUCUUGAGAUGUUGCUUCAAUAUAUCCACAUAAUUUUCCUUCCUUAUGAUGCCAUCUAUUUUGUGAAGUGCACCAGUCCCUCCUGCAGCAAAGCACCCCCACAGCAUGAUGCUGCCACCCCCGUGCUUCACAGUUGGGAUGGUGUUCUUCGGCUUGCAAACAACCCCCUUUUUCCUCCAAACAUAACAAUGGUCAUUAUGGCCAAACAGUUCUAUUUUUGUUUCAUCAGACCAGAGGACAUUGCUCCAAAAGGUACGAUCUUUGUCCCCAUGUGAAGUUGCAAACCGUAGUCUGGCUUUUUUAUGGCGGUUUUGGAGCAGUGGUUUCUUCCUUGCUGAGCGGCCUUUCAGGUUAUGUCGAUAUAGGACUUGUUUUACUGUGGAUAUAGAUACUUUUGUACCUGUUUCCUCCAGCAUCUUCACAAGGUCCUUUGCUGUUGUUCUGGGAUUGAUUUGCACUUUUCGCACCAAAGUACGUUCAUCUCUAGGAGACAGAACGCGUCUCCUUCCUGAGCGGUAUGACGGCUGCGUGGUCCCAUGGUGUUUAUACUUGCGUACUAUUGUUUGUACAGAUGAACAUGGUACCUUCAGGCGUUUGGAAAUUGCUCUCAAUGAUGAACCAGACUUGUGGAGGUCUACAAUUUAUUUUUCUGAGGUCUUGGCUGAUUUCUUUUUAUUUUCCCAUGAUGUCAAGCUAAAAGGCGCUGAGUUUGAAGGUAGGCCUUGAAAUACAUCCACAGGUACACCUCCAAUUGACUCAAAUAAUGUCAAUUAGCCUAUCAGAAGCUUCUAAAGCCAUGACAUCAUUUUCUGGAAUUUUCCAAGCUGUUUAAAGGCACAGUCAACUUAGUGUAUGUAAACUUCUGACCCACUGGAAUUGUGAUACAGUGAAUUAUAAGUGAAAAAAUCUGUCUGUAAACAAUUGUUGGAAAGAUGACUUGUGUCAUGCAGAAAGUAGAUGUCCUAACCGACCUGCCAAAACUAUAGUUUGUUAACAAGAAAUGUGUGGAAUGGUUGAAAAACGAGUUUUAAUGACUCCAACCUAAGUGUAUGUAAACUUCCGACUUCAACUGUAUGUACAUGUACAAUUGACAUGUUGAGGUAAGGUUUUUCUUCCCCUUACCCCUGUCUUCUCUACUCCUUCCACUCUCAGAUGGCGUGAAGAAGCCGUGGGACAGAGCCAACUCUGCAGAGAGGUCAUCACUGGUAUCAAGGUGAGAACCUGAGGGACUAAGUCAGUCUGCCAACUAAGGUCUUAAACUUAGGUUAUGUAAUCAAGAGAUUGGCUGGUUAACUGUGUAAAGGACUGUACACAUUUCUCUCUGUACACUUAAUGCAUUAUUUUUCACUUGCAUGUUCGCUCUCUGUGCAUUUGUAAAAUAUAUAUAUUGAGAUACUAUGUUAUGUGUGUAAGUGUGAGAGUGUUUUCCUUGGUUUCUGUAGGGUACGACCUGUGGGGAGUAGCAGUGACACAGAUGCCUUAGACUUUGACAGAAUGAAGCAGGUAAAGAGCCCUACAGUCAAUCAUUGGCACAUACACUUUGUGAAUAUGAAAACAUAUACCUGUUAUGAUUAACUUUUUGUUCAUGAAACAGGAAAUCUUGGAAGAAGUUUUUCGUGAAUUGCACAAGGUGAAGGAUGAGAUCAUUGAUGGUACGUUAUAUCUCUGAGUUCCUCAUUCACCUCAUCCAAGAAUGUGUUGAUAGGAAAUGUACUGCCUGUGGAUAAUAUCUCUAUAGUAGGUAGUUCACUACACUUAUGUUUGGAACUUACCAAAUUAGGUUGUUAUUGGUAGAGAAGGAGAAGUGAGACAUGUUAUCCACCAGAUGGCACUAGAGACAGAGAUAUUGAAAGUAAUACUGCUGAUAUACUAGAGUUGGUCUCUGACAGGACAGCACCUCUUAUGUCCAUAACAAGACCGGUAACACUCCUCUUGUGUCUUCACUCUCUUCCAGUCAUUAGACAAGAACUGAGCAGAAUCAGCACGACAUAA